AUGACUUCCCUGACCCAGCGAAACUCGGGCCUAGUGCAGCGCCGGACCGAGGCCUCUCGCAGCGCCGCCGCGGCCGACAAAGAGCGGGCGUCUGGGGGCGGCGGCGGCGGCGGGGGUGGCGGAGGAGGCGCGGAGGAAGAAGGCCGGCGGGACGAGCAGGGCGACGACGAGAAGGGCGACUCCAAGGAAACGCGCCUCACGCUCAUGGAGGAAGUGCUGCUGCUGGGCCUCAAGGACCGAGAGGUGCGGGGCCCGCAGCCUGGCGAGCGGGGAAAGGUGGCGGGGUGGGCCCGGGAAGGUGGGGUGGGGUGUCUGUGAGGUGAGGAGGGGACAUGAAAGGCCUCCCCCCCCCAGGGUUGCCCUUGUGUAUGUGGGGCUGGGGGGCGGGAUUAUGAGGUCAAAAUGAGGGGUGGUGUCGGUCGAGGGGCCUGGAGGUUGCUACGGGGGUUGGUGGAUGUCUGAGGGGGAGGGGCUCCUUGGCUGUCUGGCUGUGUUGUGUUGUGUUGUGUAGUAUAUGUGAUUAGGGGUUAAGGUAGGCGGGCGUCUCUUGACACACACAAACAAAAGUGGUUGGGCCCAGGGCUUUGCAUGCUGCCUUUCAGGGCCACCCUAAAAACAAAUUAAAACGAAGGAGACACAAGUGUCAGAAUGGAAGUUAAAAAAAAAUAAAAUGCCAGAAAGCUGGCAGUGAAAUAUAAGACACACACUCCCCAGCAUGCCAUGUUGUCUGCAAGGCAACCCCUUCCUCCCACCUCGUCCCCCACUGCAGCUUUCAGUCCAGUUCUCAAACUGCGAUACUGUACAGUGGUACCUUGGGUUACAUACACUUCAGUGGUACAUACUCCACUAACCCAGAAAUAGUGCUUCAGGUUAAGAACUUUGCUUCAGGAUGAGAACAGAAAUUGUGCUCCGGCGGCGCGACAGCACUAGGAGGCCCCAUUAGCUAAAGUGGUGCUUCAGGUUAAGAACAGUUUCAGGUUAAGAACGGACCUCCAGAACGAAUUAAGUACUUAACCCGAGGUACCACUGUAUAUGGCAAUAAAUCAGAUAUGAGAAAUACAGAAGAAGAAGAAGAAUCUUGCGAGAAGAACAGGAUAUGAAGAUGGAAUAGAAUUUGAAAGUGGGCAUCAGCCACCGCCUUCUACCCACAUACUGGGACAUGCUAGUUGAGUGCUCAUAGUUUUAUGCUAAGUGUUUCCAGGUAUAACUUAUCAGGUAUGACUGAAACUGAGGCAGCUAACGGUUUUAGGAUUAGAUGUAAAGGGGUUAGGGAAGGUGGUGGUGUCAGCAAAACUUGGAGGAGGAUGUUGUGGUGAAAAGCUUUUGGAUUUGACAGAAGGGCUUAAUGGGGCAGGAGAAACAGCAAAGUUGCAUUGAAACCCCUCAGUAGAAGUUGGCUUAGGGGCAUCAAGUUUCUUAAGAGCAGAGGUCCAUGUAGUUGGACUUUCUCAGACUGGAAUACUGUUAAUAGCUGGGUUUUUUUUAACAUUUAUGUUUAGGAACCAUGUACUGGCAUAGUUGGAAUGCUGCAGUCUAAGCACCUACUUGUUAGUGCAGUAAAUUCAAACAACUGGGCCAUAACAGUCAUCUGAGAAUUUCUUAUACAGUGGUACCUCUGGUUGCGAACGGGAUCCGUUCCGGAGCCCCGUUCACAACACGAGCAGAACGCAACCUGUGCACGCACGGGUUGCAAUUCAUCACUUCUGCGCAUGCGCGUGGCGUCAUGUUGAGCAUAUGCGCAUGCGCGGGCAGCAAAACCUGGAAGUAACCUGUUCCAUUACUUCCUGGUUGCCGCAGGACGUAUCCUGAAAGAACGUAACCUGAACCGAACAUAACAAGAGGUAUGACUGUAGUGUUCCAGCUGCAGCCAUAUGGCUAUUUAGGAAUUUUUAAAAACACCUUUCGCAAAGUUAAAAUGUACUUCUUUUCCAGAAAAACACAUGACUCACAGGGUAUGCUUAUAAACAUUUUACAUCAUUUAAGAAACAAACUUGGAUAGGCAGAAUGGGUUGGUUGACAUACUACAGGCUUAUUAGUGAGUGUAGUACUAUCUUGAGCAAGAUACUCUCUUUAGGAUACCUAGUUGAGGAAAAGUUUGUAAACCUGUGCUGCAGAUUGUAAGGUGCUAUUUCAGAAUUUUGCAAAGUAAUGGAGCUCUGGUUUAUGUUAUGGGUACAUUUGGCCAAGAAAGGGAAUGCUUUUAUCAAAUGCAUGGUGUUUUUUUUUAUGUGUAGAAUAAAACUUGCUGCCCUUUUCAUGAUAGUUGUUGGCUUCUAUUUUGACCCCACAGUGUAUUUGCAUGGGCUUACAUAAAGGAUCGUGCUCAUAUGCACUCUUUCCCAGAGUUCAUUAAUCUUUGGAAAAGUCAUCCACUUGUAGCUUGGCUGCUGUACAUUACUCUAUACUUCAUCUCCAGGCUUUUGAGGGUUUCUGCUGUAGUUUUUAUUAGGUUAUACUGAGAAACAUGUUACAGGCUCAUUAGAGUUUAGAUUAGAGUUUUUAGGUUGGGUUAUCUAAACUGUGGGAGGGAGGCAUAUUCAAGCUAAGGAGGUGUUUCCAGUUGUCAAAGCAUAAUUUGAUGACUGGAUCCAGCCAUUGCAAACUUCUCUAAUAAGCAAGAUUGUUGUGGUUGGUUGAUGUAUUCUGAGUUUCAGUUAACAAUAAUGAUUGUAGUCCAGUCCUCAAAGUACUGUUUGUUCUGAUGAAUUUCAGAUAAUAGAUGUCAGUCCUUUGUGGUUGCUUCCAAAUUUUGGAACAAAUACUGUACUUAUUUUGCAAUAUGAAGUCAAGCUUUAUUGUCAUUAGUUAUUACUUAUUUGCAGACUAUUUUGACAGUGCAAGCAUAUGUGUACAGUUCAUAUAAGGCACCCAUAGCAUCUUGAGAUUUAUAAAUUCAUUUUUAUUUGUUUUUAUAAUGUCUUAUGCAAUGUAUUAAUCUUCUGCUUUUUCAGAUUUCUUGUAAUUGAGGGAAGCCACAAAGGGGUGUGUUCAGAGAGAGAGUGUUAAAAAGUGAGACUUAAGAGAUAUAGAGACAAUAUGAAGGUCUUCUGCUGAAUUAGGCCCUUUAAGCUUCAUGGCUAAGAGGCAACCUUCUAUUAACCAUCUUUCAGCUGCCUUAAGCUCCUCACUCCUAAUACAUAUGGCCUAAAUCAUAGGUAAAUAGCCCAAUACUGUAUGAGCUAAACAAAGAUAAACCUACAGCUUGAGCCAAGCACAUUCUUUAGGCCUUCCCCAUGCCAUAUUGUGAUUGAAAUGAAGCUCUUCCAAAUUAUAUGAACUAAAUAAUCUCCAAUGAGUUGCGUCUUCAGCAGUGGGAUAUCACAGUCCCCAGUCUGACUUAGGUACUGUAGGCUUGUAAUACUAAUUUCUGUUGGAUAAAGUCCAGUAACACCAUGGGGAUUUUUGAAGGCAAGCUUUCCAUCAUCUUUGAAGAACUGCUAGUCUAUUAUUUCUUAAAAGAUGGUACAGUGACACACCAGUUGUGGCACUUUGUAGGCAUCAGGUCUUCAUCCUAGUGAAAGCAAAUUUACAGUUUGCAGGAAACUGAUGGCAUUCUUUGGAGCGCAUAAGAGAUGCACAGUGAAGGGUAUGUAAUUCUUUUCUGCUGGUCACAUACGAACCCUUUGGUUCAUUAACACUUGGCUAAAUGUUGCAGCUGUACUAAUAGUGAACAGUAUAUUAAUGACAAGAAGGAACCCCUUCUUGCUGGAAUAAAAUGACCCUAAGGAAUGUCAAAGCAAAGUAAAAGUAAAAAAGCCUUCUGUUUUGUUAGUAUCACUAUUAAAAGUAAAACUGGCUGACUUGAAUAACACAAAUGCCUUAUAUAACAUCAAGGAUACUAUUACAUUUCGGGUUUGAUUGUAUAUAUGCUUUAAUUUGUUUAUUGUUGAAAGCAAAGCUUUAACAAAGGUGAUGAUGAAUAAUGCGCACAAAACCUUAGACACAGAGACUUGGUGUGGAGGUGAAUUUCUCAGGUAUACAGAAAGUUACAGCUUAGCCAUCUCUUAGCAAUGCAAAGAUUUCCUUACAGGUCAUAGCCAUAAUUUCCUUCUGCUGCUGAGCAGAAGGAGGAAACCUUUUUGCAGCUCCUAGUCAUUGUAAUGUGCUAUCAUGUGUUAGUCUGCACUGACCCCAUGAAGAUUGAACCAGUUUUUCCUCUUUCCAGCAAGAAAUAUAUCUUUGCAGUAUCUCUUAACUGCAGCAACUACUGUGUAAACCAAAGCAUAAGAUCAGAUUCAUAGAUUCAUCAUUCAUUGAUUCAUCAAGGAUAUGAAAGAAUUGCACUGCUCUUCUUGCUGUUACACACAACCUUUUUAUUCGGCUUCCAUUGUCAAAAGAAUGAACAGUGAAAAUAUAUAAAGCAAAAUAUUUUGCUUGUUAUAAUGGUAUGGGGAGAGAAUUGUUUUGGAGAAGAAAGUAGCACAACUUUCAAUAGAAGGACACUGUCCCAAAGAUAACAGAAGGAGUACUACUACUUUGCAUCCAGAUAAUGUGUUCUUCAAACACCAAAUUUUUAGGCGUUGGAUUAAAACUAAUAAAAUGGAUAAAACAAGUUGGGGGGUGUCUUUCUGAAAACUAGAUAGUCAUACCUCGGGUUGAAUGUGCUUCAUGUUGAGCGCUUUCGGGUUGCGCCCUGCGGCAACCCGGAAGUAACGGAGCGUGUUACUUCCGGGUUGCGUCGCAUGCGCAGACGUUCAAAAUGACGUCAUGCAUGGAAGCGGCAAAACGCGGCACGUGCAGACGCGCUGUCGCAUCUUCCGUUCCAUUCAGGAUGCGAACGGGGCUCCGGAACGGAUCCCGUUUGCAUCCCGAGGUACCACUGUAUCCGCUUCCUUCAGAGUAAGGUGGUUCUUAGAUAACUGUGCUUUCAGCUGAAAGAGGGACAAACACUACAAUAUUGCAGGGUGGUGGGAGUUGCUAACUAUUAUUAUUUAUAGUGCUAUCUGUAUGCAUACAAAAUAAUUGUGACAGGUCCUUCCUUACUCCAAGGGGCUUAUUACAGGAAGUAUAGACAGGAUACAAUAGAGGAAUAAUACAUGAUUACUUUAGUUACACAUGCUUUGGCUUAGUUAUAGUAGGGCAUCCAGGACUGGGGCAAGGGUGUGUGUGUGUGUGUGUGACCAUGAUGAAUUAUAUAUUGCUUAAUUGUCAAAGUGGCUUCUAGGCAGAUUACAAGUAUAAAAUCAAUUGCAAAAAAAAUCUGUACACAUAAAUAAAAUACACAAUAAAAUAUUUUUAUCAAAACAGUAAAAUAAACACCCAUAAUUUAAAUGUACACUAAAAUAAGUCCUUUAAAGAGUUAAAACAAAAAUUAAAACAGUUAAAGCCGGAGGUUCAAGUAAGGAGAUCAGGGGAAUGCUUGUUUAAACAAGUGUGUCUUCAGUACUCUGUGGAAUGCCAAUACUGAUGGGGCCUUUUGUUUUUCAGCAGGGAGCUCAUUCUACAAUACUGGUGCCUGAAGUGAAAAUGUUUACCUCUGUGUUGCCACAUACCAAUAAGCAUCAGGUCAUAGCAGAAACUAACUGAGUUUCAUUGUUGAUCUUAAUGCGCUUAUCUAAAGGCUUCCUAGAAAUGAUGAGUUUUGGAGAAGGAUUUAAAGGAGAUAAAGGUGGCUGCACAGAGACAUUAUUUCUGGAAGGCAGUUUGAGACAAGAGGCAGCAAAGAAAACUGGACAGAGUCAUUUCAGGGAGCAGGAGACCUUUGGAUGCUGAGGGAGGUGGAUCUCGGUGAGCGAAGGUCACAGGCAGGGAUGUGUUGGGAAAUAAACACAGAGAGAUAAGGAUGGGCAGAGUGGGGGCAUGAAGCGUUUUGAAGGAGCUUGUAAAGCAUCUGUGAUUUGGACAGGAAGCCAGUGGAGAAGAGGAAUUGCAUCUCAGAGUGAGGGAAGAGGGGUAUUAUUGUCACAGCAAAGUGCUGAAUAGAUAUGACAGUGGGAGGCCUGAGGGAAGAAAAAUCAUGAUUGUGUGUGCGUGUGUGUGUGUGAGAUAAGUUUUUGUAUUUGAAUAAUUUUAGUGUAGUUUUGACUCAAGUUGGGAGCUCGAAAGUUGUUCUUCAACUUGUUACUCAGAUACACUUUGCUUCCAUAAUUUGUAUUUGCCUUAUUUUUGCUAAUGAAACAUGUCUGUGUAGCUGUGUAAUCAAAGUGUGUUCUUAGUUUAUGACUCAUGGUAAGUCAAGAGAGCUAAACCACAAACCCAGGUUCGGAUGACACACUAAACUAUACUGUAACUUAGCAUAGUAUAACGGCAAAACAAUUGGGGAGAAGCAAAGCACCUGUGUUAUCCUUCCUGGUAGCCUGAGCGCUUUCAUGUUUGUGCUAAGUAAUGGUUUGGGUUAGAUUGACGUGUGAACCAGGCAUUUGUGUCAAAAAUGAACUCCAGUGAGCUCAGUGGGUGCAUCAGUAAGUGCAUCAGGUUGUAGCCUUAGUGCAUGCAAUUGUCCUACAUUUAAUAAACAAAACCAAAGUACACUGUUAAUUUAGUGUGCUGUAUAAAUAUUUAUAUUUAUUUUCUUACAUUAUAUCAACUUUCUUCCGCCAUGAAACUCAUGAUGGCAUACAUAUAAUUACUAAGUGGUCACUCAGCGAUCGCUCAAAAGUUCCUUCAACAAACAGAAGUAUUUAAACUGAAAUAUUUGAGUUGGUGGCUGUUUCUUCCUCAGAUUAAGAUUCACUUUUAUUUUGCUUACUUCCUGGGCCAUGACAUUUCCUUUCUCAUUUUUAGGUUGUCUUCAUGAAAAUUAAGACUAUGAUGCAGGCAGCUAAUUUUGUAGUUCAUGUAAUUCUGCUGGUUGAGAUUUCAUUCCUAACAUACCAUAUUUUUUGCUCUAUAAGACGCACCAGUCCAUAAGACACACCUAGUUUUUGGAAGAGGAAAACAAGAAAAAAGAUAUUCUGAAUCCCAGAAGCCAGGACAGCAAGCGGGAUUGCAGCUCAACGAUCCCGCUGGCUGUCCUGGCUUAUGGGAUAGCUGCGCACAGCCUCUCCCGGGCAAGGGGAGCCUUCAUCCCCUGCCCGGGAGAGGCUGCGCGCGGCUAAGGCUCCCCCAAGAGCCGCACUCCCUUUAAAGAGUGCACGGAGUGUGUGUGCGGCUCUUCGGGGCUUUUCCCCAAGGAGGGAGAAGGGCAGGUAGACUGAAUUUGUAAAUAAUAAACUAAUAAACAUUUUAAAAACCACAAUAGUUUGCAAAAUCUUUCCUUGGACUACAAGGUAAAUUUGGAGUGGGAUGGCUGGGUUAGAGGCAAAGUUGAAUGAAACAUAUAUGUGGCUCUUCGCUUUCUCCAGUAGGCUAUAUACAUCCUAGCCAUACAAAAGUCGGUUUUUACACCCACCCACCAUUCAGACAAGCAAGAGGCAUCACAAUUCAAGAACACAUUCCAUUCACAAAAAAGGCAGUCGAGGGUACCGAACAGCCCCAGUGAAAUUCAAAAACUUUCACAUCUACAAUAUGUUGGGGAAAUUCUCUUUUAUUUUGACAGCAUAUUUGAAGGUGUACACACACUGCUUCCAGAGUAUUUUAAUGUUUUGGUUUGAAAAGCAGGCAUUUUGAAAUGAUAAAAUGUUAUUUUGUGGAAAGAGGAAAAGAUGUGUUAAAAAUUCCUUGGCCAGCAUUGUAAGGAUAAUGUUAGAGUUAGUUUGAUAGUGUUUAUUUUAUUGGUUUAAAUUUCCUUCAACCAGAAUAAAGUAUUUCAGCAUGUGAAGUUUUGUGGCUUUAACUGCAAAUUCUUGUGAAGCAAGAAGUAUACCUGUUUCGAAGCUUCUUUGUUUUUACUGAACUUGUGAUUCCUGCAACUAUUUACCAUAGAACCAUAGAAUUGAAGAGUAGGGAGGGUCCCCAAGGGUCAUCUAGUCCAACCCCCUACAAUGCAUAAUCCUAAGCCUGGUAAAAUGAACCAUUUGAAACAAGUAUAUUUUGAGAUGUCUGGUUCAGGUCACAUGUAACUCUCAGCCAAACCAUGACUUAGCACAAAGAAACAAAAGUAUGGAUUCUCGGAGCAAAUCUUUCAGCCGCUGCACUCCUACUGCCACGCUUCACAGGGCUAAGCCAUGGUUUGACUUGGAAAUAGAUGUGAACUGAAAAUAAAAGUCUGUUUUCCAGCUCUUAGAAAAUAGACCCACUUCAUUCAAACUAGACUGCCUAAAUUGAAAGAAAACAAUAUUUUAACAUUUUGGAGUAAAGUUCAAAAUCUCUGUAAAGAUGAAUCACAUUUCAUGAAAGUUUCUUAGAAAGCUUUUAUCACUAUACUUUAGAAGUAAAAAAAAGGGGGGAAGCUUGGAUAUGUUCUUCAGUAUUUAGUUUAUUCUUAAAUUCCUUAGCUAUUUUGGAGCAUGUCAAGAGGGCAGAUUUCUUUUUCUUCUUUUUGUCUGAAAGUGUUAUAAUGAAUAUUAUUUAUUAUUACAUGCAUAAAAGAAAAUUUACAGAGACUUCUUUCCCAUCAGGGUUAUACAUCAUUUUGGAAUGACUGCAUUUCCUCUGGGCUGCGUGGCUGCAUGUUAAUUGAAUUAGCACUGAGAGGGCGUCUUCAGCUGGAGGCAUUUGGAAUGAGACGCAAAAGUUUGUUAACUAGAAAGGUAAGAAUCGGAGGGUAAAAUGACAUGUAGGUCUUAAAAAUUAUAUCCCAUACAAUUCUUCAAACUGUACCAAGCCUUUUACAUACUCAAUUCAAUAUUUGUAAAGAGAUGGCAAGAACGCUUGUAUCUAAUCAAUUAUAAGUUCCUUAAGCCACAUAUUUAAUAUUAAACAUGUGGUGCUUAUGCAAUUUGCUGAAUCCAGGGCCUACUAUGGAGAUGAAUCAGUCUAUGUUGCUCUUUGCGGUUGAUUUUGUUGGCAUUAUGUGAGGGCAAUUUAUUUUUUCUGAGGGGAUCUUGUGAUGAAAAAAUGCUGUUGUAUGCACAGUCUGCCCUGUCAAUAUUAUCUUUUGCUCACCUUUUUUAAAAAGCAUGUUUUGAAAGGUUUCCACACUACCUCGCUGUUAAGAAUUGUGUCUUUGUGUUAGUAGACAGUUACUGCUUAUGUUCAGCUGCAUUUAGUUAUGAUUAUCUUGAAAUGGAUCUGCUCCCUUCCCCAUAGAGCUUCCAAGAUUCUUUGGUGUGCCAGAAAUGCAGGAAUGUUCCUUGAAAUACCAAGGUUAUAUAAUAGCUUGCUUGACUAUUUCUAGAAUAUUUUACAUAGGAGAUUUUAAGAAGAGUCAGACCUAAAAGCUAUGUUAUUUAUUGGCCAUAAUUGUGGCAAGCUGGAGUUUAAGGAAGGAGGUUGUGAGAGAGCAAUUGUCACGAACAUUGGAGGAGUUUUGGGAGGAGGAAUGUCUGGUGAAUGUAUUUGAGGUUUUUUUUUUUAAAAAAAAUAGAUCUUUUGUGGGUUUGGGGGGAGCUUUUUUAAGUCAGGAUUUUUUUGAGCUUUUGGGGAGAGGUGUUUUGAGGCAUCAUCACCUUCCUCAGGUGCUGACAAACCCAAAACCCAAGAAGCAAUGACUGGUUCCACACUAGAGCAGAAACUGAAAGUGCUGGACUGUUUACAAGAAGGCAUGGGUGUGUGUGCUGUGGCACACAAGUUUGGCAGGAAUGUCUAGGAAUGUGCCCAGCAUCCAUGCCAUCAAGAUCUGGGAGAAGGAGAUCUGGGCAGCAGCAUCUUCGAGCACACCUGCAACUGCCAAGGUCGCCAGCCAUGUGCUGGUUUUUUAAAGGGUUUUUCUAGGGUUUUCAGAGGUUUAGAGGGUGUUUGCAGGCUUUUCCAAUGGGUGCCUCAAUUAUAUGCGAUAUCACGUAUGCAUGUGGUGCCUCAGAACAUAACCCCCAUGUAAAUUGGGGUGGUGGUGUUUGUUCUUGUUUGGUUUCCAAAUUAUUUUUUAUUGUUUGUAGGUACUGAAAGCUUUUUCCAAAAUAAGUACUAACAUGCCGUAACCUUGUACUAAAUUGGGGUCACCAUGAAGAGAAGACAUUUGCUUGAAAUGAUGUAUUACGCUUUUUAAAAAGCUUCAGCCAUCAUAUUUUAAUUUUGUGCUAAUCAGUGGAGUUGCUCAUACAUAGUAGCAAAGUGCAUAUUAUUGGACCACAUAUACCAAAUAAAUAAUAUAUAUCUAGGUAUAUUAAAGCUGGUACUACAAGAGUUUGGGUGGCAUCCAUUUGUUAUGCCGAUGAAAUCAAUGGACAAUUAACGUUCACUGAUUUCAAUGGUUCUGCACUGUGCAUGUUUUAGUUGGAUUAUCCUCCUAUGUUUUAUGCUUAGGCCAUUCUUUAGAAACCAAGUUUCUAUUGAAACUCUGACUGGCUUUUAUUCUAUGCAUUCUGGCUGAUGUGUUCUUCUAUCUGAUGGUAUAAAUUUCCCUCAGUGUUGUGAAGGACUUAAUAAACAUUCAUUAGCCAGGCCGUAAUAGCCAGAUACUGGCUUCCCAGAAGAAUUGGAGCUCAAGCAGUGAGAGCACAGAUCUAAUGAGAGAAUUAGCAUUUCUAAGCUCCAAAUAAUGACGUCUAUUAAAUUUAGUAUUUUGGCAUUUUUUGUUGCUGUCCUCCGUAAUAUAAAUUUAUAGUGAGCUUGAUUGUUGUCAAAUAAAAUGUCUGUUAAAGGAAUUAUUUCAUCAUCAAAAUUUUUUUAACAGACAUUUAAUGUGGCUUUUAUUGGAAUUAUUGCUUCUGAGAAGCAUGCUAAUUAUCUCUAUGACCACAAAGCGUAUGUUUAGGAAUGGAUUAUUGUUUAUUGACAGAUUGUCCUCUCUUAAGUAUUAUGUACAGGGGGCCAGGGAACAGAAGACAUUCCAGACAAAUCUCCAUAACUUUGUUUGCUGUCCAUAUGCAAGGGACUUUAGGGUGGCAGGGAGAUUAUUAUUUUUCUCCUGUCAAGGGAGGUGAUAUGGGUUCAUAUCUGCAUCACCUACAGCCUUUUAGGGAACUAGAACAUUAUGGUAAAAAAGGGUGACAGUGGUAACUUAUACAGGUUGAUAAUCCUAGCUCAGAGCAUUCUAAUUAUGAAUAAAAAUAACAGUAAAAAUAUAAUGAAUCUGUUCGGUUGAUUUUUCAUUUGUUGCCUGGAUAUUGUAUGUAGCUCUCUUAUGUCUCUCCAUUGGCACUGUUUUUCCCUCUGCAGCAGCUUUGGAAGUUCUAGUGCUUAAAUUGGAGAGCUCUCUUAUCUCUCUGUAUUUAUUUUUUCUGGGCAUUUUUUGAGGUAAAUGUGACUCCAUAUGCCCUGUAUGUUGUGGUUUCAGGUUGCAACAGAAAGUAGUAUGCUAUUAAUAUAAUGUGUUCUUCAUGAAGUAACUAUUUGUCUAAAUAAAAAAGGAUGCUAAUGUACCUAGAGGGAAUGGUUUGGGACUUUUAUUUCUUGGUUGACUUGAAUGGGGUGGUAUAUAUGGAGCAUUACCUUCCCAUGGAUUCAGAUGUUUUCCUUUUCAAAAGCAAGAUAUUUGGUUUGGUUUCCGAAAAACAAUGACAUUGGUUCAAGAAGUGGGAAUAUUCCAACACUGAGCCUCAAGAUAUAAAAAAGUAGUACUGAGACACACUUUUUCUCCACUUGGUGCUUAAAGAGUUAAAAGCAAAAGUUUGAGGUGAUGGAGUGAACUCUUAUAUUUCCUAUCAGGUGAUCUGCAAAUCAGAUGCUCCUACAGGGGAUGUUCUACUUGAUGAAGCUCUGAAGCACAUUAAGGAGACACAACCUCCUGAAACAGUGCAGAACUGGAUAGAGCUGCUUAGUGGUAAGAUAAAUAUUUGGAAAUUAACAUUUUUUAAUGUUUAACAAACUUUUGGGCUGCCAUGCGUCACUGGUUUUAAGGAGCGAGUUUUCAAGCAUAGGGCUUGAUAAGUUCCUUAUCAAGUGAUGCCUUCUGUCCAAAUUAUGAGUAACAACUUUGGAUGCUGUGAAGAUCAAAUUUAAACACCAGUGUUCGGUCGAAUAAAUUUGGGAUGGCAGUGUUGGAAUGGUGGAAGGAAAUAGUUAAUGCUCUCGCUAUCUCUGGAGUAGAAUUAAGCUGCUGUCUAGCAGUAUACAGGAUCACCAGGUUUAGAUUCAGCAGUGGGAGGGUGUGGGAGAUUUGGUCAGUGUUAAUUACUUCAUGAAAUCUUAACACACAAGUUUAGUCAGGUGAACUGCGCCUUUUGUAUUUUGACUACCUUGAUCACGGUAUGUAUGUACUUAGCUCUUAUUUCCCACUCUUCGUUCUUUUUAUACUAAUAUUCUUACAUCUUCAUUAAAUAUCCUAUGUCUGCAACAUGUUGAUUAGUAGUAAUGUUCAUGUAGUCAAGUUAGUUCCAGUGAAUUCAGUGGGGCUUACUCCCUGGUGAAUGAGUUUAGGAUUGCAUAUUUAUAUCUUGGUGACACAUUCCUGUUCCCUCCUGCUUUGGCUGUUCAGCAGUAGAGAGGAAGAACAGAGAGACUAAUGAAAAUGAGAGAAACCUGGAGCUUUUCUGGCAGAGGCAAUGUUUACAGUUUUCAAGAAAAUCAGAUUCUGUUCUUGAAGUUCAUUUCUUAAAUUAAGUAAUUUUUGCAGUACAGCCGACAUUGUAAUAGUCAUUUAGAGAGGUGAGGUGAGCACUGAAUGAGCCUCUUGUUGAAAUCUGAAUUCAGUCAUGAACUGUUGUCUAGCAGUUACCGUAUUUUUCUGUGUACAAGACUAGGUUUCCCCCCUAAAAAAAAGUCAAAAAUUAGGGGGCAAUCUCCCCCCAUUUUCUUAAAUCUGAGUUCCCAAAAAUAGGGGGUGUCUUAUAGAUGGAAAAAUACGGUAAUAUGGUAUUUUGUGCUGUUUUAACUGUUUUAGUUACUUUUAUUUUAUUUUGUAUAUCACCUUGAGAUAUAUAUGCAGAAGGUAAUUCAUAAAUAAUUUGCUUCCUCAAACCUUCCAACCAUAAAAGGGGGUUAGUACAAUUGUAGAUAAUACUAGCAAAAUAGUCUAGUUGAGAUCAGUGAGAAUGCUUGUAACCACUUAGGGAAAACUUUGCACAAUUCUGGUUCCAAAAUUAGAUUAUUUGGAGAUGUGAAUGGAAGAGUGCCAGAAAAGAAGAUGAGGCACUGAUGUUUGUGUGGGAAUUUGGGGUGGGGGUGGGGCAGAGAAGCUGCCUGGGAACAAAAAGAGAGGCAGGGAUUGGUACGAGGUCCUCUACCCCUGACUCGUGGAAACCAUUUGCAGUUCCCUGGUGGUUUCUACUGAACACUAGGCUCUAUACAUUUCCAAAUGUACUCUGUGGAUGUGUUGUGCUUUUAGUUUUAAAACCUGCAAUGCCUUUGUGCAGAAUUUUGAAUCACAUUUCCAUACUUCCAUUCCUUUAUGUGUGACAAACCCCCAAAUCAUUAUUCUAGAAGCAUUUCUGCAAAUGGAAAUGUCACCCUAAUUCCCACUGAAGUUGUCACUCAAAGGAUAAAUAAAUUUUGGUCUGUACCAGUGGUUAGGGAUCUCAUGAUUGAAUGUUCUCCCUGCAAUCCCCUCCAUGUAUAAAUGUAGAAUAUCAGGGGGAAGGAUUCUAGCCCAGUCUUCUCCCUGACAUGCUGUCUUUCUGUGAGCAGGAAUUGAUUUAUGUAUAGGUAUAGAGUAGGCAUACCCACAGUCUGAAGUGGCACAGACCAGGUAUGGGCUUACCGUCCUGAUAGGAACUAAACUUGGACUCUCAUUCAGUUGCAUGUUGUUCCUUCCUAGCAUCAGCAUGCUGGCAGCAACUUCUUGGGUUGGUUUCCUUUUCAAAGUCUAUCUGCUUUCUGACAUGGUUUGACCCUCUUGGGCCAGCAACGUCAGCAGACUUCAGCCUCAGGGUGGGACUGGUACUUGCAGUGGGCAAUAAUGGCCCUUCUGCUUUUGCAGAAUGUUUUUUAUUUAUUUAUAGCCCAUCAUUUGCCAACGGUCCCAGAAUGGGUUACAAACAAUAAAUAAAUAAAUUACAAUAUAAAAGAACUUUAAUUAAAACUGUAACAGCACUUAAAGUACAGCAGAAAGGACAACAUUCACUUAAUCUCAGUCCAUCAUCCCGAAAGGCAUAGAGGUAUGCUUUAACCAGCUGACAGAAAGCAUACUGCACUAUACCUCAUACAGGAGCGGCUGGCAGGGGAGACAUUCCAUGGCCUCUGGGCCAUCACAGAGAAAGUCUUCUCAGCAUGCCACCACCCCUCAUAUUCCACAGGUUGCUGGUUCUGCUAACAGGGGUGACAUGUUGGCUAAACAUGUUCAGUCUUAAAGCAAACUAAUACGAUAUUUGAUAAAAUAUCCUGAUAGCUUUCUGUACCAUGCUUCUGCAUAUCAUAAGAAAGUGAGUCCUGUAAAACAUUUACAGAAAUCUCUGAAGAGUUACAAUUUCUGAACGCAAAAUAGUUGUCUGAAUUGCUUGAUCAGAGUUCCUUGUAGUUAGGAGGUUUGGUCACAAGGUGUCGCCAAGCUACUGUGGAAAAUCAAAAUGGAUAAAAAAACAAUCUAUUUUAAAAGUUCGCUUUAUUUUUGCUGGAGCAAAUAUGCAUUUCCUUCAUUGCUUGUCUUAGGGUUCACAACACCUUGAGCCAAUGCAUGCCCUAUGUUUUCUCUUAUAGCACACAGUAUAUUGGGGGGCAUUUUAGAAAUGUUUUGUUCAUGAGACUAAUUUGGUUGGAGGUUUUCAUUUGGUCAGUGACUUUUUCUAUAGUGUCUCUUUUAGCAGGUGCAGGUAGUGUCACUUAAUAGAAAUGAAAUUUUAUUGUUGGCACCCUUUUACCUCGGUAGAUAAUGGAGUGCACCUCUGGGGGUGAAGACAAACCAUUGGAGAAUCACAGCACCUGCUGUGGGUGCAGAGACUGGUAACUCGUAACUGCUGCCUCCUGCAUUGUUUCUGUUGCAUUAGCUGUACCAAAAUAACUUCUCCAGGACACAAGCCUGGGCAAUGUGUAUGGAGGUCCUGGGCUCCCCGGAUAGCAAGACUCCCUCUUGCCCUUGCUGAUGUGGUCUAAAGGAAAGCAGAGCAAUAUGUUUGGCACCAGCUUGACUGCAGAAGUUGCUGGAAGGGAGCACACAAGGCGCCCUCAACUGUCUUAGGGACUCACUCCAGAUUUGUUAAAGGGUUUAUUUUGUAGCCUUUUCUUCUCUUGAAGACAUCUUGCAAGGCAGCAAGUAUGGAUUUUUCUUUGGGGUUUACUUCUGAAGCCCUUUUCAUGAAUGAGUAUAGUUGCAAGACAGUGAAGGUUUAAGAUCAGAGUUCUCCUUCUCCCAGCCCCAUCUGUUCCUCAGCUCCCUCUACAGCAUGUGCAGUAAAUGCCUUUUAGGGCUGUGCAAUAAAUCACCAUAACAUUGAAUACCUGUUAUAAAAUAACAUUGUGAUAAGUGUUUCAACAAGACUAUAUACCCGGUGAACAAAAGGAACAGCUUACCAGGGGGUAGUUCAGCUGAAGGAUACUUUCCAGAUACUCUGCAAAAAAUUUGCAGGCAUGGUGUCUCCAGCUUUGCUCUCUCCCUCCCUCCACCACCACAGGGAGCCUUGUCAAGGCCCUCAGCUGCUGCUGGGAAGUGUGGCACACCCUCCGCCACCACGGGGAGGUAUGACGGGACCCUCUGUCGCCGCAGGGAGGUGUGGCAAGGCCCUGCUGUUGCAGGGAAGCGCAGCUCACCCUCCACCGCCGCAGGGAGGUACGGCGGGACCUCUGCCACUGUAGAUAUGUACACCGCUGUAGAUAUGUAUUGUGAUAUAUCAAAAUAUGAUAUUUAGCCGGUGAUAUAGUGUGGUGUUUUCAUCAGAAAGUGCCCAGCCCUACUGCCUUCUUGACCGUUGGACCCACUGUUGGUCUCAUCUGUUCAAUCUGCUGAAGCAUAUCUUCACAUGCAGGGGAAGUCCCUAGCUCACCAAGGGUUUGAGACCCAUUGACUACCUUGACCUGGUUUAGCUGGCCGGUCAAAGCCGUUUCCUGGGGUGUGGCCAUUGUUGCAUGCUGUCAACUUCUAGGAGGUUGAGAGCAGAGUACGGAAUGGGAAGCAGAGGUAGACAAACUGCCCCAAAAGGAGCGUGGUGCAUCCUCCAGCAGAGGUAUUAGCCAUCCCUUAACACCCCAUACAUGCAUAGAAUACACUUCAAAGUUUAAUUGAAAUGAACGAUCUAUCCUCAGUGUACUCCAAUAAGACAGAUACCAGUUUAUUUCAGAAGCUAGCAAGUAUUUUGAAUGUUAGGAGACUGUUGUUUUUCCAUUUUGUUUUUCAUUCUAGUUUUGAUAAACAGGCAACUGCCCUUCACAGUUUUCUUCAACCUUCAUAAUAAAGCUUUUUUAAUAUUUAGUGAAUAUUCCAAAUAGUAGCUUUGAUUCCCUCCCCCCCUUUAGAUGGUCACCAUAUUUGUCUCAACACAGCUCACUGUAAGCAGACAUGGUACAAAUUGACUGCCUUGUGCAGAAAGUUUUUCUUGACAUUAGAAUAGGUGUCAAACUUCAGGGAAAAUUAUUUCAUCCCGCGGGAAAUUUUUGAGGUUUAUUUGGGGAAUAGUUUAGGGAGUCAUUCCUUGUUAGCUAGUUUAGAAGCAUGGAACUCCUCAUCCAAAGUAUUAUUUGCAAGCUGCUCUGUGGAUCGUCUUAGCAGCUGGUCAGUAAGUGAAGCAUUCUUUCUCUACCUAACGUGACAAUUAAUACUGUAUUUUUGCCUCUGUUGCUGUGUUACUGUGUCCUGUUUUGUCUCAUUUACCCUUGCUAACCAACAGAAUACCAGCAAAACAUUCAGGGGCUUGUUUGUUCUUUUGCCUUAUUUUAGGUGAGACAUGGAAUCCAUUAAAAUUGCACUACCAGUUACGAAACGUACGUGAACGAUUAGCCAAAAACCUGGUGGAAAAGGGGGUUUUGACUACAGAGAAACAGAACUUUCUCCUCUUUGACAUGACCACACACCCUCUCACCAACAACAACAUUAAGCAGCGCCUCAUCAAGAAAGUUCAAGAAGCUGUUCUUGACAGAUGGGUGAAUGACCCCCACCGCAUGGACAAGCGCUUGCUGGCUCUCAUUUACUUAGCCCAUGCAUCAGAUGUCCUUGAGAACGCUUUUGCCCCCCUUUUGGAUGAGCAGUAUGACCUAGCCACAAAGAGAGUGCGGCAGCUCCUGGAUUUAGACCCUGAAGUCGAAUGUAUGAAGGCCAACACAAAUGAGGUCCUGUGGGCUGUAGUAGCAGCCUUCACAAAAUAA